AUGACUAAAGUAACCGGUGGUCAGGUUGAACAAGGAAGUCGAAGACAGCUGAUGUUACAAAAAAAAUGUGUGCCCUAUGUAUCUCAAUACAGUGAUUGUAAUGAAUUUAACCAAUGUGAAGGCUGCACAAAAUGCUUAUGCUCUGCCGAAAGCAUCUGGGAUUGUCGUUCUGUUCAAAUAUGUAAUGAAUAUGACGAAGUAUCGAUUGAUGACGAAAUGUUCGAGGCAGCUAUUGAUAAAUUGGAAUAUGAAAGACAAAGAGAGGAGCAGUUUAAGCCUGCCCCUGUAAACACAAGACUCGUCCCGCCACCACCAGGCCCUGAAAGACAAGAAACUGAAGAUUUCCUAGACGAAAAGAGAUUUGAAGAUCCUUUUAGUGAUCUGAAAAGGAUAGUUAAGAGACAGAAGAGAUCAUCUAAUAAGAAGAGUACUGGCAACAAGCAUAAUAAGAGAUCUGCAGAGAAGACAAGCAACAAGAGACAUACUAGAAACAUUAACAAAAGCAACGAUACCAUUAAAUUUUAUUCAACGGUUGACGAAUUGAAUGAAGAUACUUUGCAGAAUUUUAAUAUUUCUGGAACAAUGCCAGCCAAGAAGAUGGAUUUGAAAAUCCUACCAGAUAUAUCUAGACGCUCAAAUAUUAUAGAGAAAAGUAACAAAUCACUGCAUAUUGAUUUUAAUGACCACAAUCACAUUACAGACAAUAAAAUAGAUUCACCUGAUCACGAUAGUAAGUUCAACUUAAGCCAUGAAAAAUUAAACAUGAUACUGGGCAACCAUAGCCAACAAAUCAAAGACAAAGAACUGUCAAAGCUUGUGGUGAAUGAGUUAAAACCAGGGAGUGAAAUUGUAGGAGAUAAUAAUGCUCCAGUAACUUCGAAUAUCACUUUUACAUUGGAAAAUGAUACGUUGACUGCUAUGGCAUAUAUUGCGGGUAAUCUUCUAAACAAGUUAUGGACUAUGGAAAAAGAUUCAACAGGAUCUACUCUAGAAACGGAAGAUAUGAAACAUGAGAAAAUUUCUGACUUACUUGACUUAUUUAAAGAACCAUUAAACUUGAAACAGGAGAAAUUUUUGAAAAAUGUGUUGGAACGUCUUUCAAGUGCAAUCGAUACAGAUAAAGAUGUUAAAAAUGUCACUAUUUGCCAGACUAUUGAAGAAGCGACAAAACUAAUACAUAACUAUGACAAUGCUAACGAUAAAGAAAUGCAAAAGGUUAAUGUCCAAGAAACCAAACCUUGUAAAAAGACAAAUAAGGAAGUAAAUAAUAAGAUCGAUCAAUAUGCUACAGCAAAAGCAGUAUCAAAGAUAAAUACAGUGCUGCAGUUACUAAAAACCUUUGAAAAUAUUCACAGUAAUUUGAGCAAUAUCAAAAAUGCUUCUGAAUCGAUUAAUUUUACGGAUCCCAUAAGCAAAAAGCUCAUUUUAGAUGCUGUAUUAACAAAACCUGAGACAAAUUCGUUAAACAUCUAUGGUAAUCUUUUAGAUAAAAUUGUAAAAGUCUUAUUACCCAAACAAGAUAGUGGAAAAAUAACAAAUGUAUUACGCCAAAAAAGUAUGCUUAACGAUGACGAGAAUUUUAAAAAUAAUUACAUGAAAAUGUUUAAAAUUGAUAUAAGUAACAUGACGGUAACUGCUAAAGAUAAAAUAAUUUUGGAUUAUUUAACGCACAUAAACAGUAAACCAGACUGUAUACUGAAUAAAGUCAAUCAAAACUCCAAUAUGAAAGCUCUGCCUACAAUAGAAGGAAAUAUUUUACUCAACUUGUCUGAGUUUUUUAAAAUAAAAUCUAUGACUGAAUUAAUCAAUUUGGUAGAACCUGUAAAAGCGACAACCAAAAUAAAUGAGCCCACUUCUACAAUGACAACAGCGCAACCUCUAGACCCUACUACUGUUACGGUAGAAAAAAAUAAUACAAAGGUGUAUAAACCAGACAGUUCUAUACAAUUUGCAUCAACCAAAGAAAAACUCAAAGCCCAUCUUAGAACUAUCAUAGAAGAUUUAAUAGAAUUACAAGACGCUAAAGGCAUUCAUACAAGAGGCAAUAUAAGAAUAGCAGAUGCGUUACCUUGUAUCUAUAACAUCAUGAAUGCUGGCCAAGAUAUUUUAAACAAAAAUAAUGAUGAUAAAACGAAAGCCGAUAACAUUGUUGAUAUGUUCAAUGAAUUGAGAAUUGACAUGAGGAGGAUGCAAACGCGCAGGAGUGAUUCUAUAAUGAAAGUGAGACCUAAAUCAGCAGUUGUCUUAGAGAGGGUGAUAAAAAAUUUAAGCCAAAAACCUAAGUCCAAAACUCGUAGACUUUUAAAUGUUAAAGACAUCAAACCGUUUGAAAAAGUUAAACAUGUAAUUUACAAACUGACAAAUAUAAGCUCUGGUUACAAAAACGAAGCUCUGUAUAAAGAAGUGCCAGCAGUAGAAAGAUUAGUAUUACUAAAGACUUUACACGAGGAAACGAAGAACUAUGUAACUGCUUUAGAGGGAAUUAAACAAGAAUAUAAUAAUCUAAGUAAAAUAACUGCCGACCAAUUCUCAGAGCUUGAUACUUUUAUUUCGAGUUCAGCCUCAAAUAUUAGCUUAGACCAAAAAGUUGUGGCAAAAGUGGAAAAAUUAAGUCAAAGAAAACAUUCUGGUUAUGUAAUGAAUCCUAAUUAUCAUGUACAAAGAACUACACUACCAGAUGUUGGCAAGCUAAACGCAAAUGACUACAAAAAUGAUAUGACAAUUUCUCGACAAGAAAUUAUAAAUCAUUUGAUAAAAAAACGGGUAGAAACAUAUUUGAAAUUGAAAGAAGCAAGAGAAUUUAAUGUGGAAAACAACAUGAACUAUAAUAUAGCGAAAAGAAUUUUGUUUUAUCUUAAUAUCGGUAAUUAUAACCUUGCACAUGAACUAUUUAAAAUGCUUGUAAUGCAGAAAGAUGGUGACAGUACUCCGACCAGUAAUAGCAGGACAAGCAACUUUGCUAUUCCAACAUUGAAACCUGCUGAAAACCCAGUAUACCAGCAGGCACAACAUCCACAGCAUCCAGUACCGUUUGAGGAACCAAAAAUCUUGGAAAAUGAAACGAAGUACAUGAGCCAAGACCAUUUGAUCAAGCAACUACUUAACAUAAAAAACAUGGGCGUUUAA